AUUUAUCUUUUUGAUAUGAAAGAAAGACCUACUAAAGCAAGUCUACACUACACAAAAAUAUAAUCCCUCUUAUUAUUUCCUACUUUCAUCUCCAAACUCCCCCUUUUGAUUUAUUCAAAGAUUUGAACCAUGGGUCAGUCACUCGGGUGUGUUCAAGUGGAACAGUCUAGUGUAGCCGUGAAAGAACAUUUUGGCAAGUUUGAUAAAGUACUUCAGCCUGGUUGUCAUUGUUUGCCUUGGUGCUUGGGGUAUAGGUUGGCUGGUAAAUUGUCGUUACGUGUCAAUCAGCUUGAUGUUCGUUGUGAGACUAAGACAAAGGAUAAUGUGUUUGUGACCAUGGUCGCGUCUGUCCAAUACCGUGCCUUAUCUGAAAAGGCUUCUGAUGCUUUUUAUAAACUCUCAAAUACAAAGCAACAAAUUCAAGCUUAUGUUUUCGAUGUGAUUAGGGCUAGUGUGCCGAAGUUGCUAUUGGAUGAUGUUUUUCUGCAGAAAAAUGAGAUAGCUAGAGGUGUGGAAGAAGAGCUUGAGAAGGCCAUGUCUGGUUAUGGUUUCGAGAUUGUACAGACUUUGAUCGUUGAUAUAGAACCCGAUCAACAUGUGAAGAGAUCCAUGAAUGAGAUAAAUGCAGCUGCUAGAAUGAGAGUUGCUGCAAAUGAAAAGGCAGAAGCUGAAAAGAUUCUGCAAAUCAAGCGAGCAGAAGGGGAAGCAGAAUCCAAAUACCUAUCUGGGCUUGGUAUCGCCAGACAACGCCAAGCUAUAGUGGACGGUCUUAGGGACAGUGUGCUUGCGUUUUCUGAAAACGUGCCAGGAACAUCAGCCAAGGAGGUCAUGGACAUGGUGUUGAUCACUCAAUACUUUGAUACUAUGAAAGAUAUAGGGGCUUCAACAAAGUCAAAUGCUGUAUUUCUUCCCCAUGGACCUGGUGCAGUCAAAGAUAUCGCGUCACAAAUCCGCGAUGGUCUCCUUCAAGCUGAAAAUGGCAAAGCUUAGUUUACAUGUUGGUCAUUGAAAUGCCUGAAUACAUGACGACUCAAGUUCUCUAUGAACAUAUAGGACUUUUUACGAUUAAAGAUGCAUAUAUUGGUAUGAUAUGGGUGUGUAUAUAACUGUUACUAUUGUCUAUGGAUAUCUGUUUGCUCA